AUGCCCGUCGACAGCAAGCAGCCCUUUGAACACUUUCGUUUUCACACCAAUGGACGGUUCAUGAAUAUCUUGUUGACGCCCGACCAGGAAUACAUCAAGAGCAUACGCAACAAGUUCGCCACCCAAUUCGCACUCGUCCGUGGGGACAAUCAAGUGACACUCGAGUACGAUCCCCAGCCCGCCGACUCGCUCGUCCAACAUGUCAACCGCCGGAGGAUACUCAGAGCUGACUUGGCGCCCGACACGGAGUACACGGAGGCCUACGGCCACUUCUGGCAUCCCGACAAGAACGGCGACAACCAUGGCGUCACCGGGCUGCCGCCCGAUCUGGCCUACGCCUGGCCCAGGCUGAAAGCGUGGGACGGCUUCCACCUCAGCUGGGUCAAGAUCCUGGGCGCGGGCGGCUUUGGCUACGCGACGCUGUGGGAGGCCGUCUUUGAGGACGGCAGCUCGACCCUGGUGGUCAUCAAGAUGCCCAAACCGGGAUCGGCGGACGCAGAAAGCAUUCAAGACGAGCUCGCAUGGCACAAGAAGUACGACGGUGCUCUGCAUACCGUGCAAGCCGUGGACCUCAACGAAAUAGUUCGCGCGAAGAGAAUGGCGCCAGGAGGGUCCCAGCUGGCGAGGAUCAGAGGGCCGACGUUCAGCCCCAGGUUCCUCAACGUCAUGGUCCUCGAGUACGCCGACCACGGAAACUUGUACGACAUGCUUGCCAAGCUGUCUUAUACCCAAGCUCGUCUUUCCAACAAGGUGUUGUGGCAGUUGUGGGACUGCUUGGUCCGGGGUGUUGCUUCAGUUUCGCGCCAAAGAGGAAUCCUCGAGCGGGAACUGAAGGGCAAUGAGCAAUAUGGCCUUGACCAAGUGCUCGCACAUCUUGAGGCUGGCGGUGACAAGUCGGUGUACGACUUUCUGGAGGAAGUGUUUGACUCACACAACGUUCACUUUGACCUCGAGGAGCAAAACGUCCUGGUCGGCUCGGAUCCGAGUCAUUACGGGAGUCCUGUCCUCAAGGCGCGUUGUCGCUCAUACCCCCCUCGACCCUCGUCGGAUGGCUUCAAACACAUACUAACAUGA